CAGCCUUACGACCGGAGGCAAAAAAAAAAAAAAAAAACUGCUCAGAUGGCUAACGAGUGGGAAUCGGACAUGAAAAAUCACUAUCGGUCGUCAGUAACUAGCUUAGUCUGAAUACCGAGAAGAAGUUUGUGUCCCGGCGAUCUUGAACGAGUUGCAAUAAUGAGUAGUAUAUUUUUUUCUUCAGCUGCACCUCCUGCGUAAAUCAGUGCUUGUUUUACAGUGUUCGUUUUGUUGAUUUAAGUUAUUCAAGCGAUAUGUCCCAUUGUUGUGUUAAAUGAUUCAGGAUCAAUUUUCCUGAGUCCUUUUUUGUAAUGUCCUCGCGGGAUCUUUUACCAAUUUCACUUCAAAUACCGUUCGUUGUCGUUGCCAUUUUAUUUUCAAUAAGUGCGUGUUCAGAGUUAAAAGUUUUAGUUCGUUUAAAAGAUGGCCAAAUAACGCAAGAGCUUUUAGAAGCGGACAGCGAAAGGGACAUCAUCACACUGGAGUUCAAACAAGGAGAUGGAGCUCUUAUAACGUUCCUGGCCGAUUUCAAGCGGAAUGUGAAGGUCCUCCGGGCGCUAGUGCUGGGUGAGCCCGAGCGCGGCCAGACACAAUACCAAGCCCUGUGCUUCAUCACCACACUACAACAUGGAGAUAUCAUCCCCAGCGAGGCCAUGGCCAGACUCAGACAGAAAAACCCCCAUGUGGUGCGGAUCGCGGAGGAGAAACGUGGCAUGGAGCGGAUGAGCAUGAAUGUGGCGGUGAACCUGACUUUAUCCUGGUACCUCAGCUCCCACAUCCGCAACGUUUGCCGAGAUGCCCGUGACCUCAUCCUCACACGCCAGCAAGACGUUAGGCUCUGGCUAGAAAAGGGCGUGGAGGGCUCCGUGUUCCAGAACUUGGCAGGCACGGGUGCUGGCCUGCAGGACUGCGGCUCCGCGCCGGACGCCCAGCAGCCUUGCACGUGCAGCUACAACCUGCGGUUGGAGUGGUACCCAUGUGCGUUGAAGUACUGCCGUGGCCACAGCCCCGGUUCCGGGCCCCACCGCUGUGGCAUCAGGAGUUGCAGCAAAGGCUACCGCUUCGAUUUCCGUACACCGCACCGCCAGCUCUGCAUGUGGGAUGAGGGAAGCUGACACUGCUGUGGAUCUGGACUGCCGUACCCAUUGCCCCUGCAAGCGUCACUUCACAGAUCACACAGUUUUUAGGUAAAAAUAAAGACCUAUUUGAUGGGAUUUCUUUCUCUUUUUUUUUAGUUCCAUUAGGGUGAGAAUUGACUUUUUAUAGUUAUGAGGUACUUUCAUAUGUCUUCAAGGACCAAUAUGUAAUAACAUGAAGCAUUUAAAAUGGCCACUGCAGACCAAAUUCAAAAUACUGGAGGGAGUUGUCUGCUCCUGCUGCCUUCUCCACAGACUCAGCACACUGAUGCAGAUGUUAUGAACUGCAUCACUAACUUGGUGCAGUUCUCCUUGGCUGAAAAGCUCAAUGCUUUGCUAGCUAUCUUUUCAAGGGAAAAAUAACUAGCUAGCUAGCCAGCCAACUCCACAUGGAUGUUAAAUCCUUCUGGGCCCUAAGCUGUGUCCAUCUUUCAAAUACGCUGCCAAUAUUUAAUCAUGGUUUAGUACACUUCUGUGUAGAUUUUUGGGUCGGGCAGAAUCAAGCAUCUUUUGUUUCUGAUCUGGCAACCUCUGGUAUCGAAAUGAGCAGUGGAUGGGAUCACAGACCAAAACACACUUUCCACUCUGAAAUGGAAAUCACAAAGAACAUCAUACUGGCUGUAGCACUGUUGUCAGAAAAGUAUGUAUUUCAACUUGAUAUGUUUCCUUAAUCUGUCAGGGUCAUUUUUAACAGUAAAUUUAUUACAUAUUGUUCCUUUUAAUAUGGUGGAUCUGUAUAAAAGAACAAAAUGUGCCUGAACAAAAUACAGUUCAUGGUUUUAAAAUAAGUGUCAUCUGAUCUUGAAGGCAUGGUUGGAAUACCUAUGAAUUUAAGAAAAAACACCUUUGUUGGUGUAAUUUAUUUUGAACUAAUACAAGUUGAAGGGUCACUUUAAAGUGGUUAAAAAUUGAUUGACUUUGUUUUGCCCAGGGAAAUAUCCACCACCAUUUCCACUGCAAAGAUGUGUUGUCAAGGUGCAGAGUCUGUGCUGCAGCGUCUCGUAGAUCUUCAGGCGUUAACACGGUGUGCCUGAAAGGACAAAGGAGUUUUGGUCUUGAACCGUCAGAUCAAUUCUUGAUCCUUUAUUCCUGCAGUCCAUACAGUUUAGUCUCAGGGCAAGAUCCCUCUUAGGCUAGAGGUAGACGGCAGGGGUUGUUUGUUCCGUUUGUCUUACACUUUUACAGUUCUGCAUGGUUUUUACAUUGCUGAAACGAUGAAUGUUAAAAGUGUACUGGAAUUUUUAGUAGGCUUUCUGAGUCUCUUGGAGAAUUUAUGUGGUAGAAUUAUUUUUGAUUUAAUGUGUUUUUUUGUUGUUGUUUUUUUUCCCCCUCUCUUUAUUGGAUGUUUGUGUUUGUUUGGGGGGGUUAUUGUUGUAUGUUUUGCAAAAUUGCAAGAUGGUAAGAUGUUAGGCAGGCCAUUCCUUUACAGUUUUGGAAGGUGGAAACUUUAGCUGUAGGCUGGUCAUAUCUUAACUAAAAUCAGCAAUUAAAAAAGUUAUGUGAAUUACAAAUACUGUAUUACACAAGGUACAAUAUUUCUUUCUAGUCUUUUUUUAAGUUAAUUUUCAUGCUGUAUUUUUCAUGCUGUAUUUUACUGUAUGUCUCAGCUAAGAUGUUUAAGUUAAUACUCCAGUAUAAGCUUGCAACCCUGGAAAAACUUGGCUUAUGGUUUGAGGUAUGAAAUAGCCUAUGUUCUGUCCUGCAACAAAAAUAGCUAUGGCAGUAGCCGUGACAGUUACAUGGUUGUUUUUGUGUUGUCUGUUUACUGCUAAUAUAUUCAAGUAAUGCCAAAUACGCACAGGACACAACUUGCAGAACAACUGUUACUAUAAGUCUAACUAAUUGUCACUUACAUUUCAAUUACCCCAGUGUCAGGUAUGUCCUUGUGGGUUGGUAGAGUACAGUAGGGCAGUAUGGGGCCAGUUAUGAGAGGCAGGUGAAGGUUUUGCACAGUGCAGUAUUGUUUUCAUAGUAGGGGUGGGGGUUCGAGAUGGUUCCCUUCACAAUCGCUUUGUCGCGUUCACAGACGACGCCACUACUUGUGUUCUUAUAAAACAGCCCUCCUGCGUGAGUGUCUUAUGAGGGACAUCUGAAAGAACAAAAACAAACCCACUACGGUACAAACACACAGUAGUGAGUAAUUUACUUGUUUACAGUUUUUCAAUUUGUAUUUCCAAUUUCACAGUUUAGCGAGUAUUCCUACACAAAUGAUAUUGUUGGUUGUUUGCGAUUUGUUUCUGAAACUACAUCUACUCAGGGUUCUUUCUUCGAUUUGUACACCGGUACUGCCAAAAGGAUACGAUGCAACUGGACCUUUUAUACCUUUCAGUACUUAAAACUGAAAUGGUAUUACUCAUACAUACUUUUAGGCGUUCGUUAUCCUUAUCAGUAUGAAAAUGUUUAAAAAUGUCUUCUUUCAGUACUCGCAAUUAAGGUUUUGUUUUAUACAGUUUAUGAUCAUUUCCAUAUUUGGUUGGUUUAACAUGCAUGUUACAUAACCGCAUG